AUGAUAUUGCAAGGAACAAAUUCCGAGCGCUGUCUGCUUGGCGGAGAGGCUUUGGAGCUCUAUUAUGCUGCUCUAAAGGAGGUCAGCGAGUACAAGAAAGAGCGUGUUGUCUUCCAACCCCCAGUGGUUCAGAACCAAGCGAUUGCCCACCCCUUGGCAGAUACAUUUAUGAGGCUCGUGGCUGCGAAACUAGCAACACACCAUGCUGCUAGACUUUAUGACCAGAACAAGACAGAUCCUUUGUUCUUAGCAGCGAAGGCUACUUUUACAGCUUGCGAGAGGGCAGUCUUGACGCAUCGAGUUAUGGAUUACGCCAUCAAAUACGAUAUGGAAAGGCAGUUAAGAUACAGAGAAAUGAUCUUCAACUACAAUAGCGAGAGGGUAUUGGAGUUGCCUUGGAGCUAUUAA